AUGCUCCCCCUCCCGUCACCACCUUCACCGUCGCCCUCGCUUUCCCCCACUGUCGCUUACGCUCCCACCCAUCGUCGCUCACGCUUCCCCCAACCUUCUCCCACGCUUCCCCUCUCAUCAGCCACGCUUCCUCCCACCGUCGUCCUCUUCCUCCCACCGUCGACCUCCCUUCUCUCCCACCUCUCUCCACGUCGUCAUCACUCCCCUGCCUAUCACGUUCCCCCUCUUCACCAUCGCGUCUCCACCCUCUCAUCCCUUCCCAUCGCAUUUAGGCCUCUCACCCACCCUGGGCGGGGAGGUAUGGCGGGCUGGGCUGGGAGCUGGGAAAGGGGUCGUGACUCGUUCGCUGUGGGGUGUGGAAGGGUGCGUGGUGGUGAUGAGGCUUUGGAGCAGAGUGUUGGGGGCACAGCCAGAGCAGCGCGCGCAGGCGGGCAGCAAGGAGUGCAGUGCUGCAGGGGGCGGGUUAGGGGAGCGGGGGAGGCGGGGAUGAGGGAGAGAGGGUGCAGGGAUCCUCCUAUCCCCCUUAUACCCUGCCACACUUUUACCUCUUGCCCUCCUCCCUUACUCCGUUCCGUCGUUCCCCCUCAGCCGUCCUCCUCUCCCUCUCCCUUCCUCCCUUCCUCCAUCUCUUUGCCUCACUACCCUCUUUACCCUCUCUGUUGCCCGUCCUCCCUUCCUCCCGUCCUCCCUUCCUCCCGUCCUCCCUUCAUCGCAUCCGCCCAUCAUCUCAUCCCCCCAUCAUCUCAUCCCCCCAUCAUCUCAUCCCCCCAUCAUCUCAUCCCCCCAUCAUCUCAUCCCCCCAUCAUCUCAUCCGCCCAUCAUCUCAUCCCCCCAUCAUCUCAUCCCCCCAUCAUCUCAUCCCCCCAUCAUCUCAUCCCCCCAUCAUCACAUCCCUCCAUCAUCUCAUCCGCCCAUCAUCUCAUCCCCCCAUCAUCUCAUCCGCCCAUCAUCUCAUCCCCCCAUCAUCUCAUCCCCCCAUCUUCUCAUCCCCCCAUCAUCUCAUCCGCCCAUCAUCUCAUCCGCCCAUCAUCUCAUCCCCCCAUCAUCUCAUCCCCCCAUCAUCUCAUCCCCCCAUCAUCUCAUCGCCCCAUCAUCUCAUCCGCCCAUCAUCUCAUCCCCCCAUCAUCUCAUCCGCCCAUCAUCUCAUCCGCCCUUCCUCUGUGUCUCCCUUGCUCAUUUUCUGCCUCCGUGCAUUCUUUGUUCCCCACCGUGCAUCAGAGUUUGUGGUUCGUGUCUAUGCAGGUCUGCCAUGCAUCCAGUCGUGAUGAAUAUAGGGUUUGA